AUGGCGGACGAGGAAGCUGAGCAGGCCUUUUUCCGGGCCCAGGCCCUGGAAUCAGACACCGCGGUCCCGGCGAACGAGGAACAAGAACCGGACAACUUUGACGAUGAAGACGAAUACGACCCCUCCAGAACCUUCGAUGACCAGUACCAAGACUUCGAGCCUGGCCCCGAGCAGACAGAAGAGGCUACCGAAGAUGAACAGCUGCAGCAAUUCGGAGAUAAUGAUGAGAACGGCCCACAAUCAGAAGUGACACCCCCCAACCAGACGAUCUCAUCAGACAUCGACACUGGCUUUGCUAGUGAUGCGCCAGAUCCUGCCCAGAAUUCCUCUCGUGCCGAGUCUCAGACAUCCACGCCGGUCCCACCCACGGGUGUGUCGGCGCAGCCCCAGACCAGAACGAUUGGGGGAUUUGACAUUGAGGAUGACGAGGACGAGGUCGAGGAUGACAACGAGGAGGCGGACUACGAGCCACCGGCAGUACUGGGGGUGGAUGAUUCAAAUGCCAUGCCUAUGACCAUGUCUGAAGAUCCAAGUUCAGGAAAUCAAAAUCAUACCACUUCCCCUGAUGUAUCAUCGCACAUGGUGCAGCCCUCUGCCUCCGUGCUAGAUGUUGCCAAUAGCUCUUAUUCUCCUGCCAUUGUUUCCAAUAUCGAUCCUUCUGUUUCCCAUCAGUGGGUGCAUGACCCGAGUGUGCAGAACAGUACUGCUCCUACCCCUGUACCUGACUCCCCUUCUUCGAAAGGCCGCCUGGCCCAUGACCGUGUGGGUAUCCUGCAGGACAGAGUUGACGAAGAUCCCCGUGGAGAUCUCUCGGCUUGGUUGGAGUUGAUUGCAGAGCACAGAGCUCGUAACCGGUUGGACAGUGCGCGCGAGGUCUACGAACGAUUCCUCAAGGAAUUCCCCAUGGCGGCUGAUCAAUGGGUGGCCUAUGCCACUAUGGAGUCAGAGCUGAACGAGCUCUUCAGGUUGGAACAGAUUUUCAACAGAACCCUUCUCACCAUUCCUAGUGUUCAGCUCUGGUCUGUUUACCUGGACUAUGUCCGUCGUCGGAAUCCUUUGACCACGGAUACCAGUGGACAAGCCAGACGAACAAUCUCGUCCGCCUAUGAUCUCGCAAUUCAAUACGUCGGCAUGGACAAGGACUGCGGCAACAUCUGGAGCGACUACGUGGAAUUCAUUCGCUCCGGCCCAGGCACCGUUGGAGGUUCAGGCUGGCAGGACCAGCAGAAGAUGGACCUGCUUCGAAAGGCCUACCAGAAAGCUCUCUGCGUUCCGACACAGGCAGUCAAUGCUCUGUGGAAGGAAUAUGAUCAGUUCGAGAUGGGUCUCAACAAGCUUACAGGUCGGAAGUUCCUGCAAGAACAGUCGCCGUCGUACAUGACCGCUCGUAGUUCCUACACAGAGCUCCAAAACAUCACUCGCGAUCUGGUCCGCACCUCGCUGCCGCGGUUGCCUCCAGUUCCUGGAUGCGAGGGCGAUGUGGAGUUUGCUCAACAAGUUGACAUCUGGAAACGCUGGAUUGCUUGGGAGAAAGACGACCCGCUAGUCCUAAAAGAGGACGAUCUGGCUGCAUUCAAGGCCCGUGUGAUCUAUGUCUACAAGCAGGCUCUCAUGGCUCUCAGAUUUGUACCGGAGAUCUGGUAUGACGCUGCUGAGUUUUGCUUCUUGAACGACAUGGAGAGCGAGGGUACCGAUAUGUUGAAGCAGGGUAUCGAGGCCAACCCGGAAAGCUGCCUUCUUUCCUUCAAGCUGGCCGAUCGGCUCGAAGUCACCUCAGACUCUGAGCAGGAUUCCUCCAAGCGAGCUGCCAAAGUUAGGGAACCUUACGAUAAGCUCCUCGAUGCCCUUUACGAGCUGAUCAACAAAGCUCGAAACCAAGAGACCCAGGACGUCACUCGUAUCGAGGAGACCUAUGCCCAGCUACACCCCGAUGCUCAGGCCCCGCAGGACGAAGAUGACGAUGGAGUUCCAAGCGAAGCAAAGGAGAGAGAAGCCGCGAAACAGGCACAGAUUGAUGCCGUUCGAAAGGCUCACUCCAUGCGGAUCAACACCCUGUCCAAGACGGUUUCUUUCGCUUGGAUUGCGCUGAUGCGUGCGAUGCGCCGUCUUCAGGGCAAGGGCAAACCCGGAGAACUAGCCGGCUCCCGCCAGGUCUUUGCCGAAGCACGUAAGCGAGGCCGUAUCACCAGCGAUGUCUACAUUGCCAGUGCUCUUAUGGAGUACCACUGCUACAAAGACCCGGCUGCAACCAAGAUCUUUGAGCGAGGCGCAAAGCUUUUCCCCGAAGAUGAGAACUUUGCUCUGGAGUACUUGAAGCAUCUGAUUGACAUCAACGAUAUUAUCAAUGCCCGGGCCGUCUUCGAGACAACUGUACGCAAAUUGGCAGCUAGUCCCGAGAAUGUCCACAAAGCAAAGCCCAUCUUCGCCUUUCUUCACGAAUAUGAGUCGCGCUACGGUGACUUGGUUCAAGUUAUCAACCUGGAAAGCCGGAUGCGCGAACUCUACCCCGAGGAUCCUUCUCUGCAGCAAUUCUCGCAUCGCUACGCGACACCAACGUUCGACCCGAUGACCGUCCGCCAUAUUCUUUCACCUUCGCAGACCCGUCCGAAAACCUUGCAUCAUGUUGUUGCACCGGAGACUCGGGUCUCGCCGGCACCAUUCCAGGAUACAUCUUUGACCUCGCCCAAGAGAGCUUACCCUGCGGAUGACUUUGACUAUGAUUCUGAUCGUCCGCGCAAGUUUGCCCGUGCGGAAUCUCCGCUGAAGGGCGCACAGGGUCGCCGCAUCGAUGUGCAGAAGAGAGUGGGCCAGUUAAAUGGGCAGACUACGUCCUCGUACAAACCUCAAGGAUCUGCAGCUCCCCUUCCCCGGGACGUCGUCCAUUUGCUUAGCAUCAUUCCUCCCGCAUCUUCCUAUCACAUCGUGCGUUUGUUGCCGGAGAAGAUGGUCGACCUCCUUCGCCACACCGAAAUCCCUGCUAGUACCGAUCAAAUUCCACUCCCGGCCAACGUCCUAGGGCUUGGGGCUGCCCAGAGCUCUGGGCAAAACCAAUAUGGUGGAUCAUAUCGCUGA